UGGCCGCCAGAUUCAGAAUUUCUCAGUUCCGUGAUUACUGACACAAUUUUGUAAUCAUUCAAGCAACACAUUUAUGUAGAACCCGCAGUGAGAGUAAAAUGAAUUGGAUACUGUCUCAUUCUACUGGAUCUGCAAAAAGAAAAAUUAGGGAAACAUCUGAAGUGGAGAAAAGAAGAUUCAUUUCGGUAUUUCAUGAUUGUGAUGAGGACAAAAAAGGAUAUAUGAGCAGACAAGAUCUCAAGGUUGCCAUGGUAAUACUAUUUGGGUACAAACCCUCAAAGUAUGAGGUUGACCAGAUGAUGAGUGGUUCUACGAGCAGUGAAGGUGUGAUGCAAGAUCAUUUUAUGUCUGCAAUGGAAUCCAAGAUGGCUGCUCAGGACCUAGAUGAGGAGAUAAGGCAGACCUUCAUGACCUUUGACACACAUUGUCGAGGUUUCAUCACUCUAGAGGAUCUAUACAAAGCAUUCAAUGAGGUGGCCCCUCAUACCCCUAGACACCGGAUUGAUUCUCUGUUCAGGGAGAUAGAUAGGGAUGGAGAUGGGCGUGUCAGUUAUAGAGAUUUUGAAUUCAUGAUGAAGUUCAGGCUGGCAGAUGGAUUUUGAGCAGCUCAACAAGGACAGGGAUAGUAGUGAUACACUUGGAUUAUGGGAUGGUACAGCACUUCCUGUGAAUGGGACCGUAGCUUCAGCAACACUCAAUAACUAGCUUACCUCUACCGGUUGACUCGUGGGCAGAAAUGCGCUGUAUUGAGGUAACUAUAACUUUGUUUUGUGUCUGUAAAUUCCUGGGUCAAUUUCAUUAUCAUAAAGCUGUUUACUAAGUACAUUUUGUGCUUACUUUUGCAGAAUAAAUGAUCAAGACAAUUUACAGUGAAUGGAGGUCUUCACAAUGAAUUUAAAAGGGACUGUGCUGUCUUGAUCAAAGAAGAUCUGUGGCUGACACAUGGACUUAUGUAGAAAUGACAUUUUGGAUAAUUCCACUUCAUUAGGAACAAGAAGGAAUGCAGAAUAACAACCUGUGUUUUCUAUACCAACCUAGUGGAGAGAUCAGAUUUGACUAUUUGCAAUCACUGGAAGCUUGGCUGUGGAGCUUGUGAGCAAAGAUACAGAGCUAUGAAAACAAAAUUGACUGGCUUGAACGCUUCUUUGUAAGGGCAAUUACAUUUGCCUAUGAGAAGAAGAAGAGAAGAACUAUAUAUAAGUAAUCACACAAGCGCGAGUGGAAAACGGAAAAAUAUAGCGUUUCUGCGUGCCAUAUCAAACGAGGCCAAAGUUAGGUUUAUGUACAGUUCCACGGGGUCGAACGUACAUUUCGGACACUUUAACAGAGUGUAUUAUUACAGUGGUAUAAAUAAAAGGAAUUUUUAUUCUGGAUAGAGGUAUAAGGCAGUCACUAAAUGUAUUUUAUC